CGCUAUUCUUGUUCGUUUUAAGGACUACAUGCUAAAACGGCUUGCCAUGUAUUGUGUCUUCCACUCCGAGAACAGGUUGCGUUUUUGUUUACCCGUAUAAACACAUUUUAGAUUGAGCUCUGGUAUUGUGAAUGAAAGACCCUCCCUUGUUGCUGCGAUGCCUGUUUCUUCAGACCGUCAUCACAAGCGAUCUGCUUCAAUGGGACUUCGGGCUAUUCAAAGCACCAUCGAUUGUGCCUAACCUUUUUGAAGGUCAUUAGAACUGGAGGCAAGAUCUGCUGCUGUUUUAUCUGUUCGUUUCUCCUUUUUUUUCCAAAGGAAGCUGUAGCACAAAGGGGACACUGGAGUUAUGAAGGCUCGACGGAUGACUGGCGCUGUCCGUUCAGCACCACCUUGCGCCCAAUGACACCGUAAAACACUCCUGACUCCUUCAAACCUGAGCCUGGGGGUUAUGAUAUUGGGUUAUUGGAGGGAAAACGCGUUCGCAUCUGUCCUUAGAAGCCAUUCAAGUGUGUGAAGGGUUUUGGAUAUCUAUUGUUGGCAUGGACACUUUGAGACGCACCUGGCACGAUCGAAAACACAUUUGAGUUUUUUGAACAUGGGUCCCAGCGUUAUGAUGACGGUCCAUGGGUUGGAGAUAUGACUAGAGAGGUACGCGAUGGGCCAAGGUGACGACAAGGAUCGCAUCGUGAUCAAUGUCGGAGGAAUCAAGCACCAGACCUACCGCAGCACCCUGCGCACCCUUCCCGGCACUCGACUCUCCUGGCUGGCGGAGCCCGACGCGCCUAAUAACUUCGAUUAUGAUGCGAAUAUCGGGGAGUUUUUCUUCGAUCGUCACCCGGGCGUUUUCGCCCACAUUCUUAACUAUUACCGCACGGGCAAGCUGCAUUGCCCGGCGGACGUGUGCGGACCUUUGUAUGAGGAGGAGCUGGCGUUUUGGGGGAUCGACGAGACGGACGUGGAACCAUGUUGUUGGAUGACCUACCGGCAGCAUCGAGAGGCGGAGGAGGCUUUGGACAGUUUCGCCGGGGUUGCUCUUGAACUCGGGCAUGAGGACCCGGAGCCUGAGGGGGUGGCUGAGGCGGCCGAGGGGGAUGAGGGUGUUGAGAUGACCCGGAGACUGGCGCAAGGCGACUCGCCAGAUAACAGGUCCGGGCGCUGGAGCAGAUGGCAGAAGAAGACGUGGGCACUCUUUGAGGACCCGUAUUCCUCAAAAUACGCACGGUGGAUAGCAUUUGCAUCUUUGUUCUUCAUUUUGGUGUCCAUUACCACAUUCUGUUUGGAGACUCAUGAGGCCUUUAAUCCCAUCAUCAACCACACAGAGAUUUACAAGGUUGGCAAUGAAACACGGGAGCGUGUUAUUUCUGAGACGGAGACCAUGGUGCAGUUAACCUACGUUGAGGGUGUUUGUGUCGUGUGGUUCACUUUUGAGUUUCUGAUCCGAGUGACUACCUGUCCAAACAAAUUAAAAUUUGUCAGAAAUACCCUCAACAUCAUUGACUUUGUGGCCAUCCUCCCCUUCUACCUGGAGGUAGGGCUGAGUGGACUCUCAUCCAAAGCAGCAAAAGACGUGUUGGGUUUCCUCCGUGUGGUGCGAUUUGUUCGGAUUCUCCGUAUCUUCAAGUUAACGCGACACUUUGUGGGUUUGCGGGUACUAGGGCACACGCUCCGUGCCAGUACUAAUGAAUUUAUCCUUCUCAUCAUUUUCCUUGCACUCGGAGUCUUAAUCUUUGCCACUAUGAUCUACUAUGCCGAACGUUUUGGAAGAAACCUCAACGAUCCUGAUGCCAGUAAUGACACACACUUCAAGAACAUCCCCAUUGGCUUCUGGUGGGCUGUAGUAACAAUGACAACCCUCGGUUAUGGUGAUAUGUACCCUCAGACGACGUCUGGCAUGCUGGUGGGUGCACUGUGUGCACUGGCAGGUGUGCUGACGAUUGCCAUGCCUGUACCUGUAAUCGUGAACAACUUUGGCAUGUACUACUCCCUAGCCAUGGCGAAACAAAAACUACCAAAGAAAAAAAAUAAGCAUAUCCCACGAGCACCUCAACUGGGGUCUCCCAAUUACUGCAAGUCAGCUAUUAACUCCCCGCGACCCAGCACACACAGUGACACAUGCCCCCUGGCACAGGAAGAGGUUUCCGAGAUGAGAUACCAAGAUUUUAAAGUGAACGGAGAGGCGUCAAAAGCUGCCCUGGCCAAUGAGGAUUGUCCUCACAUCGACCAGACGGUGUCACCCGAGGAAGUCUUCAGGCCUGUGGACCGCGAGAGACCCUGCUUCCUGCUCACGUCCGGAGGAGAACGAGCCAAUCACACGGGGGGGAGGGUCAGGAAGGAGACCCAGCGCGGCAACCGAAGCAGACAACCAACAGAGUCAGUGUGUGUAAUGAACCAUGGUUUACCAACCACUAUGUGUGUCACCCAUAAAGCCAAAUCCCCCACCUGAUAGUACCGUAUUUAGAGCAUGUGCUGUGCGUUUGUUGUUGAUUAGUACUUCUCUAUGAGUUGUGACUGAGAAUCAAUUCAGCGUAGAUGUAGCACAGUAAUUAAGAGAAGCAGUAGUUGUUCAGCAGCCGUAUGUAGCGCUGUUUCAUUCGUGGUUUAUUGUGCUAUCGUUUUGUGUGAAGUGCCUGUUGUUUUUCCGUUCGUGAGUGUCAGUGUUGUACAUUGUGCUUGUGAGUGCUGGUGUUGUGAAAACAUGACCUUUCUUUUAUCUCGUUGAAGUGUUUGUUUUAGGUUGUUUAAAUGUUGUAAAAAUGUUACAAAAGUCACUUGUCACAUUUCAAUGAAAAAAAAAAAAAUUCCACAUGCUCUGUGAUCAUGUUUGAAUAGGGAGAAAAAAAUUAGCGAUUGUUUUCCCAUAUUUGGCACUAUUGUAGGUACCAUGUAGAAAAUGCCUUUUGCACUGUUUGCACCAUUCACUUUUACAUUCCUCUCACAAAUGACAGUUUUAUACAUUUUGUAGCUCACAUGUUUGGCUGGUGACUUUUGCGAUGCACCGCGUACUACUCAGACGUAACUAAUCAGGCUCCGCCCACAAUGAAAUCUCAUUGGUUCAAAAUUUUACUUAUUUUAAAUAUUUAUAUUGGACGUUUAAUUUACAUUGAAUAUGUUCUGAUUGACUAUGAUCCAGCAUAAAAAUAUGUAGUCGCUGAAAAUUUUAUGUGUCGCGUCUGGUUGGAAUGCGGUGCUUGACUUGAAGGUAAAAUACCAAGGCUUGUUAGCGCAUUAUUGGGACCAAACUCAGAUUUUUUGAAGAAAUGGCAAUACCAUCAUUGAGUUUGAUGAGGGAAAUGUUUGAUAAAUGCUUAGGUUGCAUUUGAUACUUCAGUCUGAAUAUACAAACUAUUUUAAACUCCACAUAUUACUGCAGUUUUCGUAGACACCAUCACAAGUGACUAUCCUGCUCAGAACAACACCAUAACUCUUACAGGGUUUAUGAAGG